CGCUGAAAUAAGCUCACAUUAUGGACCUUUGCGCUUAUAAUGAGGAGAACCUUGCCUUACCCCCAACUGAUAUCGUUUCGAGAUUGGACUGACUCGGCUCUUGGCCAGGAGAAAGAUGAAGCACAACAAGGUCCUUUAAGCUUCAUAGCGAUAGCUUGGCUGCUCUGAACUCGUACACGUGCACACUAUUCUCUACCGCAACUCAACUUCAUUUUGGCUCCAUCACCAUCGCUAACUUUCUCUACAUACAAUUUCUCGUUUCGAAAGCAACUGCCUCGUCAUCCAAAAUUCAAAAUCCUCAAUUGACCAUGAUUUCUUCAUUCUAUGCCUCGUUAUCGUCCCAACAAAUCUAUAAGGUUGCCUUGGCGCCCAGGUAUAAAUUAACCCUUGGCGUCGUUCUCUCGGUCUUUACUUGGGUAUGGAACUCUGGCAGCUUCAUCGGGAAUAUCCACCGAACGUCUUCCCAAGAACGACGCGGACUCUAGAAAUCCGGACACUCUGACAGUGAGUUUCGCAUUUUGCUCUCUCCCCGCGCGGGUCCCUGUCUCUAAAAAGGUGACCUGACCAUUAUGUUUUCUUCAUUGGCACUUAUAAGACGAACCGUUCUCCCCAGAUUAUCGAAUCUCGUCUUCCCUCUUGCUUCUUGAAAUAAUACUUCAUCAUACCAUUCACAACUUAUUCCCAACUCCGGAAGAUCACAUACACAUAACAUCGUCAAGAUGCAUCUCCCAGGAAUUUUCGAAAAGUACGUUGCUCCCAGAUACCCCUCAGAUGAUUUCAUAUCUCUUGGAAUCAAUCUACUAACAUCUGAUCCCAGAGCAAAAGCCAUAGCCGGCCCCCCUCCAGAUUAUGUCUCCCGCAACCCCAACUCCUCGCACUCCCGCGCCCCCUCCGACCCCGCCUCAAUAGGCAAAGACGGCAAGCCCAUAAAAAAGCGCCGCAUCAAGGUGUCCAACAUCAAGAUGCACUCCCUCCCCUUCUCCAACGGCAAUGACGCGGGCCACAAAUUCAGCGAGCUAUGCCACUACUCGCAGUCCGUGAUCGUGGGCAACACCUGCCGCGUCGCCGCACAGGGGGGAUGGGACAACAACGGCAAGAUCGACGAGAAGAACAUCAUGCUGCAGGUGGACCUGGCGUUCGACAACAUCGAUGCCAUCCUCCGCUCGCAAGGCCUCAAGGGCUGGGAGGAUGUGUUUGCCGUGCGCAGUUUUCAUACCGAUCUUAGUGUUAGCUUUGAUCUGAUAGUGCGGAAGCUGAAGGAGAGGAUUCCGGGGCAUAAGCCGAUUUGGACGGCGACGGGGGUAAAGGAGCUGGCGUUUCCCGGGAUGAAGGUCUCGAUUGAGGUGGAGGCUUUGGUUGGGGAGGAUGGUAGUAUGUGAGGAUCUCACUGCUAUCUACCUACCUACUUACCGCGGGAAACUCGUCGGAGUCCUGCUUUUUAUUUUAUAACCUUCAUUUCUUGGUAAAGUUUGUUAGGCGGUUUGUUUUGUUUUUGGUUUGCUUUUCUUGCAUACUUGCAUUUGGGCAGCUUUGGUGUUGUGGGAUUCGGUAGGUUGGGGUUGGGGGGUUGCACUCGCAUGGCGUACUUGCUGCAAACUUGCACUGGCACUUGCUUGGGAUACGAUACCUGCAGCAGAUCAUUCAUGCCUAGGAUCUGGCAUCUUCCACGGUUAAUACAUGAGACCUGUUAAUGAAACAUUAUUUUACACCAUCUCUUUUGACCUCAUGGAAUGGAAUGAAGUGAUGGUGAAGCGAGCAGGAUUUUUGAGGAAAGGUGGAGAGAGGGUGGACUAUAACAUCUUUUCCUCUAUCUCUAUCUCUAGAGGAAGGAAAGGAUAAGUCAUGAUCUGGAUCUUUCUACCUCAUAGGAAAUGAAUUCAUAGAAUCUUCC